AUGGUCUCCGUGCACUCGAACAAGAACAACCGGGGUCUCACGAGACCUCUCGAACCCUCCGACCAGUCGCCGCCAGCGCCUCCCUGCGUCACUCCAGCGUCUGUCACAGACACGGAUGAUAAGUUUCAGGUUCGAAAGUUCUUCCCGAACCCAGGCCGAAGUGCCUGGAAACAGGUAUUUUCUGCAAGACACGAAAAGAUGUGCAAAACGCCUCAACCUCCACAUCCGGACGGCCACAUUUCCCCAAUCUUCAAAAAGUCCAACUUUAGCCGGUUAGACGCCAUCCGCGGGCUUGAAAAACCCCUCGAAACCUGGCUCGAUCCCCGAUAUACCAUCGACGACGAAUUUUACGGCCGAAUCCGGCCUGCGCUUGUGCUAGCGACACGGUUCUGCAAAUAUACAUCUGAAUUUUUCAACAUUCUAGUCUUUGGCGAGUUUGAAUUGGAGGGUCGGAUCCUAAAAUAUGAUCGUUUUACGGAAUUGGAGCUUGGGUCUGAAUCGUUCCCAGCUAUGAUGGACAAUCUCACCAACAUGCAGUUCUUCACCGGCUAUCAUGAUAAUAAUCAUGACCGUCACGCGGAUACAUAUGCGUCAACCCACUUCGGGACACAUCCAAAAAAUUGCACUCCACGAAUGACAACCACCGCUGUGCAGCUCAAUAACAAAUUCACCACAUUCUUUACCCACGUCCACUAUUACUCAUUCGCAGAUGAGGUCAAGAACGUGAUGACAGUCAGUUUAGCCAUAACUCUGAUGCACGAGCUGGUGCAUGUAUGGUACACUCUGCGGAGAAUGGAAGUCGCCCGAUUUGGCCACCUGGAGCUGUGCAAGCUCAUGCAGAAGGAGCCGUACUUCUUCGGAAAUGAGAAAUGGAACGAGUUGGGCUUAUCUUGGGAACAUUUCGCCUUCAGAGGCAUGCCGCAGUUAAACACCUCGGGCAAGGGGGGUUAUGCACGGGCAAAGAGUCUCCGCUUAACACCCUUGCUCAACGGCACUGACAAAAACGACGAGGUCAUUGUGGACUCAGAGAUUGUGCGCGCUCUUCUCGACCAGGAAUGCUGGGAACUAUAUGAAAGAUUGCUCAUCGGAGAUCUUGCUGCCGGUUAUAUGUCCAUCAGAGGCAUGGGGAUUUUGGAGAGGAUGAAUAUGGUUGUCGCCUUGCGGGAAUUUUACAAUGAGACUGGUCGGCUGCCUCUUUCGGCAGAGUUACUCAGAGCCACGGGACAACACUUUAGGAAGCAACAACGCCCAAAAUCAAUGUCCAUAGAUGCCGAGAUAACCAAGAUCACCACCAAGCUACAAACACUAUCCUUAGAUCCCGAGAUGAGCGAGAUCACCACCAAGCUACACUCGCUAUCGAUCCAUACCAAGACAACCGAGAUCACCACCAAGCGACAAGCACUAUCGAUCCAUACCAAGAAGACCGAGAUCACCACCAAGCUGCAAAAACAAUCGACCGAUGCCAAGAUUAGCGAGGUCACCAAUGUGCUACAAACGUUAUCGACCAAUACCAAGAAGACCGAAAUCAAGACCAAGCCACAAACCCUAUCGACCGAAACCAAGAGGACCGAAAUCGUCACUAUGCUACAAGAAAACUGUGGCUUCUCGUCUCCAGGUCCAAUAUGGGCGGAGGAAUGCAUGAAUUAUGCCCUCGAGUGGCAAUUCUUACAUGAGGAAGCCAUCUCUGAUCCCGAGUACUUGGCUGGGAGGGCGCGCAACCAAGAGAGGAUCGAAAAUGCGCGACUUGGACGGUCUCACCGGCGGGAAGGCAAAAGGUGGUCCAAACGGAGGGACGAACAGGAACCGGCACUCUAUAAAUGGUGA